CCUGCUGCGCAUUGGCCGAUACCAUAUAAACAAAUUAAAUCCACAUAUAAAUACCAAACAUUUCUCUCAUUUUCCCUUUGAUCUCAAGUUUUCUGCCCAGAAAAUUACAACAAACAAAAGAGUCUUCUCUUUUCUUUCUCUGUCUCUCGCGGCAACACAUUUUCCUCGCGGAAUCGACGAGAUCCUUUGUUUCGUUUCCAAGAGUUUUUGCUUCUUUUAAAGUUUCCGUUUUUGAUGCAAUAGAUCAGGCUACUUCGUUAAUUCAUUUUAGCCUGCCAUCUUUUUUUUGGUUUUGGAAACAGCAGGAAAACUAGCGCCGGAGAUUGGAGAAAUCAGAAUUAAAAGUUUCUUUUUUUAAAAAAAAUGUUGGGUGAAUUCAUUACCAGAUUGCUUAUUUUGAUUCUUGGAUAUGCAUAUCCAGCGCUUGAGUGCUUUAAAACGGUGGAGAAGAACAAGGUCGAGAUAGAAGAACUCAGAUUUUGGUGUCAAUAUUGGAUCGUUGUGGCGUUUCUGACAGUUUUUGAGAGGAUAGGGGACUUGUUCAUUUCAUGGUUGCCUAUGUAUGGCGAGCUGAAGCUUACACUCUUAAUCUACCUAUGGUAUCCUAAGACCAAGGGAACGGGUUAUGUAUACGAUACCUUGUUGCGGCCUUACAUGGUAAGGCAUGAAACAGAAGUCGAUAGAAAGAUACAGGAGCUAAGAGCCAGAGCAUGGGACUUUGCUUUAUAUUACUGGCAGAACUGCACAGAAUUGGGGCAGACAAAAUUCUUCGAAAUGUUUCAAUACUUGGCUGGCCAAUCUUCGAGGUUAAAACAUGGCAAUCAGAAAUCUGAUCAGCAAAAUCCACCAAAUGGUUCCCGUAGUCAAUCAGGGAAGAGCAAGAAUUGGCCUCCGACGACAAUCAACCGUGCCGUUGUAGAAUUCCCCAAGUCAAAACUCGUCCACUUCCAACCUGACAGCCAAUCAGAACACGACCAGAGCGACGACGACUCAAUUCCGGACUCUCCCUGUAACUCCAAGCUCCGACAGGCUCGCUUUAAGCCCCGCCGUACCAAACCACACAAUUGAUAAUUUGUAACAAACAAACUAAAAUUGUACAAAAAACCCCAAAAUUGCAAACAUAAAAAACAAAAAGGAAAGAAACACAGUAUUGUUUUUUAAACACCAAAGUCUGAAAUUCAAUUCAUUCAAUUUUUUCCUUUGUAAUAUAAAUUAUGUGUUAUCAUAAUGUCCGUACAGUUAAAAGCAUUUUGUGUAUUCUAUCCCUCGUCCUGCGUGUAAAACGCACCCUUUAUCAGUUAUCUAGUGAAGUGGAUUCCAAUGUAUCGGAGGAUAAGAUCAACGACUCGGGUCAGACCCGGAAGGAGUUUGAGUUGGAAGAACCGAAGGCAGGAAGAGAUGGGGUUUUGAGAAGAGAACCGAAGCCAAAUCCGACGGAAAAAGUGAGGCCCAGAAGAGUCAGGAGAGGCCGACAUGGGCUGGAGAUAAGCCCAAGCAGCCUGUUUUACUAAACGGUUACGGAUGGAGAUUUCGUACCCGGAAUUGGUGGCGGAUCCAGCGGCGGUUGGGGAGUUGAUAGCGACAGCUGAAGAAGGGAGGAUGUCUUUGAGUGAAGUGUAGGAAGCUAAAGAGGUUUUGAGGGAGAUAAGCUCGAGGUCAAGCGGCGAUGAGGAGGCGCUGCCGUUGGGGAGGCUGUUUGCGGUCUGGAGAGGUUUUGGGGUUAGGAGAGUUAGCCUCGUGGGGAGUUGGACUGGGCUAGAUAUGGAGUUGCGGCGGCCGAGAGUUGAUAGCGGCGGUUGCUCUGGUUCGUCGUCCAUGGUGGAAGAAGGAAGAAAAAAACAAUGAAAGUGCGGAGUUAGUUCUCUUUGGCUUGAAGUCUCCAGCGGCGGCUGCCAAAUUGGUGGUGGAAUGGAAUUGGGGUGCAAUUAUCAGAGAAUAUAAGCUUUGUCUUUUUAUUUUUUAUUUUUUUUUAUCCCUUGACUGACUCGACUCUCGAGUGGUGCAUUGCUCAUCAGCCCUUUUGUUGGUUUCUUAUUAUUUAUUUCCUUUAAUUUCAUCAAAACAUUUUCCUUU